UGUUACAUUGUAACAGACGGGGCCGGGGCGAAGCGGGGCGAAGCGAGGAGAAAGGCGUCUUCUCGUCCCAACAUUAGCAACAUUAGCAACAUUUUGACACCAUUCGGUAACAAAAAAAAGCAGCCAAAACCCGCGUUAAAGCGAGAAGACAGCUAAGUAAGCACCGCCGACUGAACCCGCCCCGGGAAGAGAGAGAGAAGGAGAAAGGAACACAGAUGUCAGCGGAUUUCUCCAUCGCCAGCAUCUUGACAUCAGGAGGAGAAGAGAAGACAUUCGGCUCAUUCACAUUAGUCGCGUUGCACCGAAAAUGUUGGGAAAUAAAUCGCAGCUAAUCAUACGACGUUCCCUCUUUCUGCCGUGUGUCCUUUAAAUAGAUGGGCAUGCAACAUUUGAAGAAAAGCCGCAGGUCUAGCAGACAGCCCCGGCUCUGUCUUCCUAUUUCAGUGUGCAGAACAAUGAGCAUGGAGUAGCCUCAUCUAGUAGCCUCAUAUUGUCCUAUUGGUGGUGUAAAUUGACAGUCACACAAGCUUUGGGCCAGAUUACUUUCAUUGCUUCACGGUUGCAGUCUCGGUUCAGGGAUACCGGUUUUGGCACACAGAACAGCAUCUCAUAGGGCGUUGAAAGACUGGUGUGCGGCUCACAUUGGAGAGGGAAACGACCGGCGAGUUGCUUGGAAUAAGGCUCCCUGUUUCUGCCCCAGACAACGAGUUUCCAUGGAGGCAGGUUCGUCCCUCAGCCUCAAACGAAGAUAUGAAGAGGUGGACAACAGCUCUCCAUUCUCUACACCGAAGGACUCCGACGAUGACAUCUCCAGCAGUGACAGCGCCGACAGCUGUGACAGCCUCAACCCGCCUUCCAGCACUGCAUUUACCCCCACGUCCAUCCUCAGACAGCACAAGCCGUCACCGGGGGGGAAACGGGUACGUUUUGACGUGGUGACGGUGUAUUACUUCCCCCGGCGGCAGGGGUUCACCAGUGUGCCAAGCCAGGGGGGCAGCUCCCUGGGCAUGGCCCGCCACCACUCCUCCAUCAGACACUACACGCUGGGCGAGUUCGCCCGCGAGCAGGAGACAAGCCACCGGCACACUUUACGUCAGCACCUGCGCCAAGAGAAGCUCAACGCCCGCAAGAUGAAGCUGACGAGGAACGGCACGGUGGAGUGCGCUCAGGCCGACCUGCUGACUCUGGAGGAUGUCUCAGACGAGGACCUCGACGUGGACGGCGUGGAGGUGGACGACUGUUUCUUCCUCCAGCCGCUGCCCACAAAGCGCCGCCGAGCCCUCCUGCGAGCCUCCGGCAUUGGCCGCAUAGACGCGCGGGAGAAGGCAGAGCUCAGAACCAUCCGCCUCUCGCGGGAAGAAUGCGGCUGCGACUGCCGCCUGUACUGCGACCCUCGCCACUGCGGCUGCAGCCAGGCCGGUAUUAAGUGCCAGGUGGAUCGAAUGUCGUUCCCGUGUGGCUGCUCUAGAGAUGGCUGCGGCAACAUAGCGGGCCGCAUCGAGUUCAACCCUCUGCGCGUCAGAACUCACUACCUGCACACCAUCAUGAAGCUAGACCUGGAGAAGAGGAGGAUGCUGAUACAGGGGACCGGAGACCAGUAUGCUGAAUUGGACCAGAUGUCCUCCCCCUCCUCCACCUGCCCCACUUCUCCAGACCUAUCCUCUGUCGCCGGCCUGGACUCCGAGCUGGAGGAGAACGAGGUGCAGAUGGUGGUGGAGGUCCAGGACCUCCUGGUGGAGCAGGACAUUCUAGAGCGAGAGAACGAGACGGCCGUGCUGCACCUGCAGAGCGCCGAGGAGCAGGAGAGAAGGGAGAGGGAGGAGGCGGAGGGGGAGGCGGUGCAGCGGGAGCUGGGCGCUGGAGGUCUCGCGGAGCAGCCUCUCUGCCUGCUGCCCGGCGCUUUGGGAGGGGAGCAGGCGGAGGUGGCGGGUGUGGAGCAGGUCCUCCUGCAGGGGCCGUUCCCCACGGGGGCCACGGUGCUCUGCAUCACUGACAACCAGGAGGAGAGCCCCUCUGACCUCCUCAAAGACUCCACCUCUCUGCUCUACUAUCAGCUCAGCCCCAUAGAGCCGGGAGCCUUCGAGACCCUACCCAGAGCUGAGGAGGCUGAACAAGAGGAGAGAGAUUCAGGAGGAGGCGAGAGGAAACAAGAGGUGUUGAAGCCUGAAGAGAUCACCUGCAGGCAGAGUUCAGGCAAGUCUUUGACCAACGUGAUUCUGUGCUCAGAGGAGUGCAUGUCCAUCGUAGAGGAGAGUCCCCAGCAGAGCCUCUCUGAGUUGCAGUGCCAACGGGAGGCGUGUUCCGAGGACGAAGUAAACCCACUGCCUCCUGAAGUUUAGCUCUAGCUUCUCUGCAGACAUUUUGCACAAUAGCUUCAUCUAGGAUGAAAAAAAAUCCACAUUUCACACAUUUAAUACUGCUAUCAUCAUGAAUUAUUACAGGUUGCAAUCUUGUAGUGACUGAAUUAUGUGGAGUAUUACAAUACAUGAGUGGAGGGGAUGCUGAAAGCACAUACAGACCACUCCCCAGAAGUAAUAUGGAUGCAGCUACAAGAAAACAUUGUACGUCAUUGUGUCGUUGGGGGUGAUGAAUGCGGCCUUAAUGGAAAAAAAACAUUUGUGUGUAGAAGUGUCGAUGACACAGUGCAGCAAGUAGUUAAUUUCCAACGUAGCGAACAGAAAAAAACACGUGUGAAUGCUGACAUAAGCCUUUUUGUUUGGUGAUGUAUAACGCUAUCAAUACAAAUUGUUUCGCUGGUGAA